CAAAGCAAAUCGGCUGUGAGAUUGAAGGAGGACAUGAAAAAGAUAGCCACGCUUCCACUGAACAAGCAGAGGGACACAACCUGUCCAAAGGUGUUUGGUGUGAGUCUUCUGGAGCUCCAGCAGCAGGGACUGAGCAAGAACGGCAUCCCAAUAGUUGUGUGGAAUAUAGUUGAGUACCUCACCCAGCAUGGGAUGACGCAGGAAGGCCUCUUCAGGGUAAACGGCAGCAUGAAAAUGGUGGAACAGUUGCGUCUGCAGUAUGAGCGUGGAGAAGAAGUGGAACUCGUUAAAGACGGUGACGUGUACUCAGCAGCCAGUCUGCUGAAGUUAUUUUUGAGAGAGUUGCCAGAUGGGAUUAUCACCUCUGCCUUACAUCCCAGGUUCAUUCAGCUUUACCAGGACACUAGAAAUGACAUGCAGAAGGAGAGGAACUUGAAAGAACUCCUUAAAGAACUGCCUGAUGCUCAUUACUGCCUGCUGAAGUAUCUGUGCCAGUUCCUGAUAAAGGUUGCUGAACAUCAUGUAGAGAACAGGAUGAACCUUUGCAAUCUUGCCACUGUAUUUGGACCAAACUGCUUUCAGUAA